AUGACGGAAGAAAAGCCCGUACCGGGCAAGUUGGAAGUCGCGCUCUUCCUCGCCGCAAGCAAAGGCUACGAUACGAUCGUCAAACUCCUCCUCAGCACCCCCGGUGUGCGUCUCGACUUCAAAGACGAAGAUGGACGGAACGCGGUCUCACUAGCCGCAGAGGGUGGUCAUGAGAGCGUUCUUCAGAUUUUGCUCGAGACUGGGGCGGUAGACGUGAAUGCGGUGGAUACCAGAACGGGUCAAUCGCCGCUGUGCUGGGCAGUAAAAGGUGGACAUGGAGGGGUUGUGGGUAAAUUGCUUGCCCUGGACAAUGUCGACCCGAAUAUUCCCGAUAUCAACGGCGAGACGCCCCUGUACGCGGCUGUGAAGAGCGGAAAUGAGGGGAUAGUAGGACAAUUACUCGGGCGGGCGGAUACCAAUGCGGGCACGCCUGACGCUGCGGGGCAGACACCGCUAUACUGGGCUGUGAAGAACGGAAACGAAGCGAUGGCGGGAGCUUUACUCGGACGCGGUGAGGUUGAUCCUAACGCCCCUGGUGCCGAUGGACAAACGCCGCUGUACUUGGCUGUGAAGAAUGGGCACGAAGGGAUUAUGAAUCGUUUACUCGCGCGCGGUGAUCUCAAUCCUGACCUCGCCGACGUCAAUGGCCAGACUCCCUUUUAUUGGGCCGUGGAACAGGGUAACCAGCCGUUUGUGGUGCAGCUUCUCAAGGUAAACGCCGAUCCGGAUGUCAAGGAUAAUCACGGGCGGACGCCGUUGCUGUGGGCCGCAGAGAAAGGACACGAAGAGGUGGUUCGAUUGCUGAUCGGGUCGAGGAGAGUCAAUGUGAAUGCUGCUGAUGCGGUCGAGAGGACGCCGUUGUGGUGGGCUGCUCGCAAUGGUCACCUACCUGUGGUCCGACUGCUCGUGCGCCAUGGCGCUGACAGAGAGGCACAGCCUUCUACCCAGGACGAAAAAGGGCCACGCGGCACGCCUCUGUACCAGGCCGGCAGAAGGGGCCAUGCAGACAUCGUGAAAUACCUGAUCAAGAAGGGCGCCGACAUCGAUUCACCGUGCGGAGAGUCCGGUCUACCACUCCUGUUGGCGUUGGUGGUCUUCGAUCGAACGAAGCGCGGGAUGAAAAUGCUCAAUUUGCUGCUUGAGAAAGGUGCCAAUGUCAACGCGAGAGAUACCAAGGGGAGGACUACUCUACACAUAUUAGCGACGGAUGGCGAUGUGGAUCUGACAGCCUUGUUCCUCCAGAGAGGUGCGCAAGUGAAUGCUGCAGCCAAGGAUGGCACAACACCACUGCAUCUAGCAGUGCUUCAUGAACGCGACCAGAUAGUGGAGAUGCUCAUCUCCAAUGGUGCAGACGCCGAAGCCGCCGACCACGCCGGGGAUACACCUCUUCAUCUCGCAGUGAUAGGAGGUCACAGACGACUAGUCGGCUUGCUACUAGAGAAAGACUGCGAUAUCAAUGUCACGAACCACUGUGGGGAAACACCGCUUCACAAGGCAGUCGAACGCGGUCAUCGCAAGAUGGUGGAGUUUCUGCUGAAGAACGGGGCGGAACUCGAGAUGCAGGACGACUACAAGAAGACUCCGCUGCAUCGAGCUGUCAAAGCGAAGAAUCAUGUCAUGAGGUUGUUGGUGAACAAGGGCGCCAACAUCCAUGCGGUUGAUAUGUUUGGUAAGUCCGCAUUGCACAUGGCAGCCCAAGCCGGACUACGAGACGAUGUGCACUUUCUCCUUGGGCACGGUGCUGAAGCUGAAUUGAAAGAUAAUAAUGGCCGGACAGCACUGGAUCUGGCAGUCAAGGCUGGCGAGGUCGAGGUCGAGGAACUCCUCAAUGAAAUGAGUCUUGUCGUCGUCGACAGAUCGUCGGGAAGCGAAGAGUCGGGGGCUGACAACAGAUAG